AUGACCUUGAAGACCACUCAGAUGAAGGCAAUUAAAGUCGUUGAGGCACAUAAAGCUGAAAUUCAAGACUCAACCUUACCCAAACUGAGAGAUGACUGCGUCUUAUGUAAAGUCAACUGGGUAGCAAUCAAUCCCACUGACUGGAAACACAUCGACUUCGUUCCAGCUCCGGGUGCCACCUCUGGUUGUGACUUUGCUGGCAGUGUCGAAUGGGUUGGCCCAACAGUGAAAAAAGACUGGAAGAUCGGAGAUCGUGUUGCCGCCUUUGCCCACGGCUGUAAUGCUUCCAAUUUAGAAGACGGCUGCUUCGCCGAAUACGCUUUGGUGAAGGGAGACCUUCAAAUGAAGAUUCCCGACAGUUUGAGCGAUGAACAAGCGACCACGUUGGGUGUAGGCAUCGUCACAGUCGGCCAAGCUCUAUUUCAGAAGCUUGGACUACCACUCCCGCCCGCGGAACACUCAGGGGAUCUCAUACUCAUCAAUGGUGGCAGUACAGCUACGGGUAGCCUCGCCAUUCAGAUGGCCAAUCUCUCUGGCUACACUGUUAUCACGACAUGCUCCCCGCGCAACUUCGGGUUCACACGAAGCCUUGGCGCAAGCAAAGCCUUUAACUACAAAGAUCCUGCAUGUGGAAAAAAAAUCCGAGACUACACUAACGGCCGACUGAAGUUGGCCUUCGACUGCAUCUCCGAGGGGAACUCUGCACGUCUCUGCUGCGAAGCACUAGCGGAUGAUGACAGCGGCAGUCGUAUUGUCUACUUGAAUCCCAUCUCGCACCCGCGCGGUAAUGUCGAGAGCUCCCAAGUAUUGGCCUACACAGUAAAUGGGGAAGCAUUCGACAAGGGCACCACUCAUGUCUCUGCAGCACCGGAAGAUCUAGAGUUCGGGAAAAGAUUCUGGGAGCUGGCCACGGAGCUCUUCGCCAAGAAGUUGAUCACCACUCAUCCAAGCAUGAUAUGCGAGGGGGGUUUACAAGGGGUAAUCGACGGUCUUGACAUGCUUCGAGCGGGAAAGAUUAGCAGGAAGAAACUUGUGUAUCGAGUCCAAUAA